UCAAUAGGGCAACGGGUAAACUGUAGCCUACACGUUUCAUCUGUCCCCGUGCCUGCCUGCCUGAGGCUUCCAUCCGUGUGUGCGGCGCGCGUGGGCUUAUUGCACUUUGAUUAAUCAUCUUUAGAGUAAACACGGUGCCUCAGGGUAGUUUGAUAGUUUUACAGUUGUCCAGGUAAUGUAACGGUUUCUCCCUCCAGCAGCACACACACACACUCACACACACACACACACACACACACACACAUACACACACACACCGAGACAAAGCCCUGUGCAGCACCACAGCUGUCUGAGAGAACCAUGGGAUCCGCAGGACACCUCUGCUCGGUGCUGCUGGUUGUAGUUCUGCUGGGGCUGCAGCACUCCUCAGCUUUCUGGAUCAUCAACAUUGUCUUCCCGCCCAACGCCAAAGCCAGAGUACCAAGCAACAGCACUCCACCACUCAUUAUAGUGCCAGGGAACUUGGGGAACCGUCUGGAAGCUAAAAUAGACAAGCCGACAUUGGUCCACUGGUUGUGCUACAAGAAAACCGAACACUGGUUCCCCCUGUGGAUUGACCUCAACAUGUUCAUGCCUAUAGGUGUAGACUGCUGGAUUGAUAACAUUAGACUUGUUUACAACAGGACGACUCGGCUAUCAUCCAACUCACCAGGGGUGCAGGUGCGGGUGCCAGGUUUUGGGCAGACAUAUCCCAUUGAGUUUCUUGACAAUAACAAACUGGCUGGUUAUUUUUACACCAUGGUGCAACAUUUGGUCAACGUGGGAUACAUCCGCAAUGAGACAGUCCGAGGAGCGCCGUAUGAUUGGAGAUAUGCUCCUAAUGAGAAUGAAGAGUAUUUUGUAAGGCUGCGGGACCUGACUGAGGAGAUGUACGACCAGUACCAGGAGCCUGUCUACCUGCUGGGACACAGCAUGGGCAGCCACUACGUCCUCUACUUCCUCAACCACCAGCCUCAGGCAUGGAAGGACAAAUACAUCAGAGGCUUCAUUUCUCUGGCAGCUCCAUGGGGGGGUGCUGUUAAACCACUUAGAGUCCUGACAUCAGGUGAAAACGAUGGCAUCCCGAUGAUUUCCACCAUCAAGAUCCGCGAGGAGCAGAGGAUGACAACAACUAAUCCCUGGAUGCUGCCGUCUGAGGAUGUCUGGCCAAAGGACCACGUCUUCAUCUCCACACCAACUGUUAACUACACCCACCAGGACUACCAGCGCCUCUUCACAGACAUCGAUUAUGAGGAUGGCUGGCACAUGUGGGAGGACACCAAGAAUCUUACUAGUGAUCUCCACCCACCUGGUGUGGAGGUGUGGUGCAUGUAUGGUGUGGGGCUUCCAACUCCCGUGACAUACAUUUACGACGAGGAGUUUCCCAACUCAGACCCAGUGGACUUUGUUUACGCCGACGGGGAUGACACAGUGGACAGCUUCAGCAUGAGUCUUUGCAAACGCUGGGUGGGACAGCAGGACAAGCCCGUCCAUGUCACAGAGUUUCGAGGGCUGGCCCACCUGGACAUAGUGUUCCACGAGAGGGUGCUCAACCUAAUCCAGCAAAUCCUGGAGGGCAAAUCAGAGACACCCAAAGAGAUUGACAUCCGAUUUGAACCCAUAUAGCAGACAGCAGCAUUUAAGAGUUUAAAAAACAAAAACACAUGGAGUGCUGGAUUUGUAUAUUGCUGACUUUUGAGUCUGUUCAAGUGUCAAGCAAGAAACACAUUCCACAUAAGUCCAACCUUUAUCAACACCCCGCCAAACCCACUUCCAAACCAAUCUGGACCUGCAAGUAAUCUAACCCUGAAUGAAUUGUAGCUGAAAACCACGUCAGAAUGUAAAACAAAUCGAAAUAUAAAACCAUUUUGAUGCCUGUGUUUUGUGUUUCAGUGGAACUUUUCUCAGUGCCAUCAUUUCCUUUUUCAGUGACAUAUUUAAUUAUCAGUGCCAAAGCUUACCGUCACUGUUCUAGCUCCACAGGUUUGACCCUAAUCUGUAUAUGUCUAUAUCCAAGCUGUGUAGUUUGUUGUCUUCCUUAUGUUUGCUGGUGAUCGACUUACAAUAAUUACAAACGUAGUAUUAGGGAUUUUUAGGAUGGUUCAUUUAAUGUUGUAGUCUGUGCACAGUCUAUUCAGGCAACUGGAAUUCCUGUUACAUAGAUCUGUACAAAAAUAGACAAACCUGCUUUGUUUACUUUUGAUGGGUGAUUAAUGACUCAUCACAUCAGUAUUAUGUCUUAAGUGCACACACACACACACACACACACACACACACACAAUGAUAUAUUUGUCAUUUUAUAUGGGUAGCUAGAGUGUGACUAAUAAUUAGAUUAAAGAUUAUUAUAGGUUAUAGUGACCUCACCAAUAGCCUGUUUUUAUUGUGUAUGAUGUGACUGUAAUAUUCCUUAGGAUUUAUAUAUGUUUAGACAGACUUAUAUGUGUAAAAUCUAUUUUUAAAAUUAUGAUAAGAUCAUUUUUUUUCCUCAGGCUCAUAUACUUAUAGUAGCUUAUACACAGAUAUUAAAGUAAUGAUGUGAAUGUACACUGUUUUGAAUACUUGCCAACGGUGGUUGUUUCCACUUAUAAUAAAGAAUCUAAUUUCA